AUGUUAUUUCCCAGCACAUACUCCCCAAGACUCGACAGCAACGUGACCACGUUGCAGCCGGUCAAUCCGUCAUCCGCAGAUAUACAACCGAGACGCUCUUCACCCGAGGUAUACCUCUCGUUGGCGUGUUAUGGAAUUCUUGUGAUAACUAUCCUUUGUGGUAACAGCCUUGUUGUUUCAGCCUACGUGUUAAACAAAUGGCUACGCAGAGCUCUCACACACACCCUGAUAAUAGGACUGGCGCUGGCUGACCUUCUGAUUGGGUUAGUUUCUGUGCCCAUUUGGAUGUGUAUUACUCUGUGGAAUCAUCGUGGCAAGCCGUUCAAUGUGCAAAUUUAUCAACUUUACAUAAUUGCUGAUAUAUUUAUCGGAGGCGCAUCUAUUCUUCAGCUAACUGCUAUUGGCAUAGAAAGAUCCCACGCCAUUCUGAGACCAUUUCAGCAUCGCCGUCUUCAACAGAAAACCUUGUACAUUACAGUAGCCUCAAUUUGGGUUUUCUCUGCUGUUCUGUCUUCACUACAGCCUUUGCAGUAUGGAACGGACUGGCAGGUGCCAUACACCAUUCUUACAGCAAGUGCUUGUUUCUUCAUUCCAGUGUUGAUCAUUAUCACUGCUUACGGCAGCAUUUUUGUGGUUGCUAUGAAAAGGAAAAAAUUACAGAGCCAAAAUCAGACACAAACGUCUUUAGAUAAGGAGAUGAAACUUUGUGGGACCAUCGCUCUCAUAACGUUGUUGUUCAUCAUAGCAUGGCUUCCACUUUUCACCUUGACAAUGCUGGCCACGUUUGAUCCUAAAGCUCUCCCGAAGCCGAUCAUUUUUUCUCGCCUACUGCACUUUGUUAAAUGGAUGCAUUACAGUUCAAGUGCCAUUAAUCCAUUCUUGUACUCUCACCGAAACACCGACCUGCGCAGGACCAUUUCUGUGAUUCUGCGGCGUCUGGUUAUAAGAAAAGGACCUGGUUUGAAUGAAGUGUUUAGAAGACGCCACAGCAGCUUGUCCACUCUGCCUUUAAGAAGCUUGAGUAUCACUUCAGAUCAGAGUCGUAAGACGAGCAUAGAAAGCUGCCAACAGUGUCUCCCCAGGGCUCCAUCUGAAUUUGUGUCGUCGUAUGCUAACAUUAGGAGACUCGGCUCCCUGUUUGAACAAAAAGAAAAAGAGAAUGUAUCGGCUGAAGAGAGCAACAAACUUUGA